AAUAUGUUUAAUAAAUACGCAUGGUAUAAAAAUAAGUUUAUAAAUAAAAUCUAAGGAAGUAAGAGCGAAUGUUACGACGAACUAGUUCGCACAGUCCAUCGAAAAGAAUGCUCUUGGAACUAGUUUGUUCGCGAACUACACAAACCCUAUAUUUUGCAUAAGUACCAUCUCAAGGUAACGGGUAUUGAGUGUUACCUCUAGUAAGGGCAGAGUUCAGAAACCGAUAUAUUCUCUGGCAGAGUCUAUAUCAGUAAAGUAAAGGACUAGAAUCUAAGUGGGUUUUCUCUCUAACCUCCUUAAGGUUAAGUAGGUGUAGCGCCGGCGCAUUAUUUGACAGUUAAUUCAAACGUUUUUGAAAGUUAUGAAACUUCAAAAACUUGUAAAGUUGUUUACGAAAUGUUUUGAAAUGAAAUAAUAUAAAAUGGGGGUGAAGGAAUUAUGGAGUUUAUUAACACCCUUUUGCGAGAAGAAACCUUUAUAUGAAUUAGAAGGUAAAACAAUUGCAAUUGAUCUAGCUUGUUGGGUUUGUGAAGCUUUAACGGUUGUCGAAUAUAACGUACAACCACGAUUUUAUGUACGGAAUCUAUAUUUUCGAACUCAUCAUCUAUUAUUGCUUGGAGUUCAUCCGGUAUUUGUUCUCGAUGGAAAAGCACCAACAUUAAAAUAUGAUACAAUCGCAGCACGAAAUGAAAUUCAAUUUAAAGGAGCACGACCUCGUAAACCAAAUGCAAAUAAAGUGGCAAAAGAUCCAAAGGAUCGUUCACGGUUUAAUUCAGUUUUAAAAAAAUGUGAAGAAUUAUUUAAUAUUAUGGGAAUAAAAUGUGUCCAUGGUUGGGGCGAAGCAGAAGCGAUGUGUGCAUAUUUGAAUGAAGAUAAAUUUGUAGAUGGUUGUAUAACUCAAGACUCAGAUUGUUUUGUAUAUGGAGCUCAAAUUGUAUUUAGGAAUUUUUCUUUAUCUCAACAAGGUGCUACUGCUAAUAAAGGAGGUUCUGUUGAUGUUUAUGAUAUUCGAAAAGUCCCAAAUUUGGGUAGAAAUAAAAUGGUUGCACUUGCCUUAUUAUGUGGCUGUGAUUAUAAUGCAGGCGGUGUAAAUGGAAUCGGCCGUGAUUCAACAAUGAAGUUUUUAAAUUGUUUUGGAGAUGAUGUUAUUUUAGAUCGUAUUAAAAGUUGGAAAACUGACACAGAAAAAUUUCGUCAAAUAGAACGAGAAAUUAAUUCACCAGAUAUUUGUACGGCUUGUGGACAUGCUGGUAAAGUUCAAAAACAUACGAGAAAUGGUUGUUUAGAAUGUAAAACUCCUAGAGGCUGUGAUUCUUCGACUUAUAAAGAAAAGCGAUUAUUAAUGAAAAAUGAGUUAAAUAUACGAUCCAAGGCAUUACUGGACGAUAAUUUCCCGAAUCAAGAAUUGAUAGAUGAGUUUUUAAUUCGUAAAGGUGAAAUGCCAACUUCAUUAGAUUUAUCAUGGCGACAACCGAACCUUGUAUCUUUUGUUAAAUAUGUCGGGAAAAUGAUCGAUUGGCCAGAAAUAUACGCAAUCGAAAAAUUCUUACCAUUGCUAACACGAUGGCAAUUAUUAAAUUAUGAAUAUGUAAAAAAUAAUGCGCGAAAUUUAAAAGGAGUUUUAUUUCCUGAUUUUAUUACCAAAAAAUGUAGACCUAAAGGAAUUGUAAGUUACGAAAUUGUUUGGAAAGAUAAAGAUAAUUAUUUUCAAGAUUUAAUACCGGACCAUCAAAUCAAAGAAUGGAUGGAACAUAAUAAAGAAGAGAAUACUCAAAAAAUUUGGUCUACAGUUGAACCAGAAAAUUGGGUGGUAAAAGCUUAUCCAGAAUUAGUACAAACGUUUUUAGAUUCAAAAAUAAAGAAGAAAAAGAAGCCAGAAAAAAGAAAAAAGGUUAAAGCAUCGGAUAUCGAUGAAUUAAAUGAUUCAUUGAACCAUUUAUGUGUUUCAAAAAAACCAACAAAAUCUGUAAAAAAAAUAAAUGAGUAUUUUGGAAAGUUGCCACCGAACAACGAUAAUGAAAAUCCUAUCACAGAAAUGAUUGAUGAAUUAAAUACUUCAUUAGGUCAACUCUGUGUUUCAAAAAAACCAUCAAAAUCUGUGAAAACUAAAAAAUCUUUGAGAAAGUCAUUAUUAAAAAAUAAUCUUGAAAAUAAUAUUCCAGAUAAGGAAAAUCUUGUUCCAAGUGAAGUAAAUCAUAUUCAAGAAUCCAUUGAUGAAUUAAAUGACUCACUGAGUCAGUUAUGUGUUUCAAACGAACCAAAAAAACCGACAAAACAAAUUGGAAAGUUUAAGUUUGUAAAAAGUAUUCCGGUUUGUGAAAAACCUAUUUUAGAGUCGAGAAACUCUGAAAAUGUUGAUAAUCAACAUGAAAAUGACGAUAAGACUGAAAAGUAUUGUAAAAGUUUAGAUUUAAAUUGUUCAAAUCUUUCAAAUUUUGAUGAAGACUCUGAAUUGAAUCUUUCUGAAAUUGUUGAAUCUAUUGUUAAUAAAGGAAGUUUAAAUUUGCUACAGCUUUAUAAAGCAUGA